AUGGAUAUCCAAAGCCGGGACUCUACCUCAUCACGCACGUUCCCACCAGGAACUGUCUUGCUUGAAGACCGACGGGCCUCUGUUACAGAACUAAUUCUGAACCCCACGCCCUCAGACGACCCCGAUGACCCAUUGAACUGGUCCCCUCUGCGCAAGGCAGUCAACUUUGCCCUCACUUGCAGCUACGUCUGCUUCACCUUCGUGCUGGUCGACAUCAACAGCCUAGCGUACAGGGGAUACAUAGCGGAGCUCGGCCUAACCUACGCGACAUUCAACAUGGCCAGCGGCAGCAAUUUUAUCGGCCUCGCGUUAGGCUGUCUCUUCUUCCUCCCCUGCGUGCACAAAUUCGGUCGGCGUCCAAUAUAUUUGCUCAGCGCAACUGUCCAGUUCGCCUGUGCCGUGUGGUGGGCCAACUUCCACAAGGCUGGAGAGUUGAUCGGUGUAAGUCUGCUCGCUGGCCUGGCGGGCUCGAUCAGCGAGGCUAUUGUAAUGAUUACCAUCGUGGACUUGUUUUUCGUUCAUCAACGUGGCCGGCUCAACGGUGUUUUCGUCCUCAUGCAGAGUAUUGGGACGACAGGGGGUCCUAUAGCUGGCGGAUAUAUUGUCGUUGAUCUCGGGUGGAGGUGGAUGUGGUGGAUCGUGGCCAUAUUCCUGGGUGCGAAUCUCCUUCUCGUGCUGUUCUUCUUCGAAGAAUCCAAGUACUGCCCAAGCCUGGAUGGCUCGACGACCUCACCUGGACAAGAGUUAGCCACAAUUCACAGCACCGACGCAAAAGACAACAAGAAUACAGCUGAGCCAGGCAGACCAAGCCGGAAAUCCAUCCGCCAACGUUUGGCCUUGGUUACGAGAACACCGGGUCCAAUCUUUCAACACUUCUAUCAGCCCUUGAUUGUCCUCCUCCUUUUCCCAGCUGUGGCCUUCACGGCAGCCACAUACGGAAUCAUGCUCGCAUUCUUCUCCGCGUCCGCCUCGGCCGGCGCAUACUUCCUCAUCUAUCCACCUUACGACUUCAGUCCUUCUGCGAUCGGCCUCUUCCAUCUAGGAGGAUUCAUCGGGGCUCUCUUGGCCACAUUGAGCAUGGCACCAUUGAUCGACUGGGUAAUUAUCCGUCUUGCGAAGCGAAACAACGGCGUCUUCGAGCCUGAGAUGCGUCUCUGGAUGAGCGUCCCAGCUGCUCUUAUCAACUGUGCUGCUAUGUUGCUGUAUGGAAUCGGUUUCGGGGAUGGCCUCCACUGGGCCAUCUUAGCCUUUGCCCAAGGCCUUUUCGGUUUCGGCUUCAUCACUACCGCCGACGUCGCCUUGACGUACCUAUCUGACAGUUAUCCAGAGAUCCUCGCCGACGCCCUAGUCGCGGUGGUCUUCAUCCGCAACGGCUUCGCGGCAAUCAUCCGCUUCGCCUUCACAGACUGGAUUGGUGGAAUGGGAAUCCGGAACACAUUCAUCCUUAUUGGGAUGAUUGCGCUAUCUUUAGCUAUUCUUCCGGUUUUAUUGAUCUUCUUCGGCAAGCGGGCCAGGGUGAAGACGGCCGAGAAGUAUAGACGUUAUGCGCGAAGGCAGCAGGUCCAGAGGCAUUUCUGA